GAAUAGAGAAUAGCUACAGAUUCCCCAUCCUCAGUCUCUGCGAGGGGACGGCUGUGCCAGCCAGCUCAGCCAGGCUCCUGGCAGCAUGGCCCUGCCGCUCGGGGCCCUCCUGCUGGUCCUCGCGCUCGGCCCGGCCCUGCCAGCCUCUGCCCACCGGAAGCUGCUGGUGUUUCUGCUGGAUGGUUUUCGCUCAGACUACAUCAGUGACGAGGCCCUGGAGUCCCUGCCUGGUUUCAAGGAGAUCGUGAGCAGGGGAGUGAAAGUGGACUACCUGACCCCAGACUUCCCCAGCCUCUCUUAUCCCAACUACUACACCCUGAUGACCGGCCGACACUGUGAGGUCCACCAGAUGAUCGGGAACUACAUGUGGGACCCCAACACCAACAAGUCAUUCGACAUCGGUGUCAACAGAGACAGCCUGAUGCCUCUCUGGUGGAACGGAUCGGAACCUCUGUGGGUCACUCUGACCAAGGCCAAAAGGAAGGUCCACAUGUACUACUGGCCAGGCUGUGAGGUUGAGAUUCUCGGUGUCAGACCCACUUACUGCCUAGAAUAUAAAAGUGUCCCGACGGACAUCAACUUUGCCAACGCAGUCAGCGAUGCUCUCGAUUCCUUCAAAAGCGGCCGGGCGGACCUGGCGGCCAUAUACUACGAGCGCAUCGACGUGGAAGGCCACCACUACGGCCCCUCGUCGCCUCAGAGGAAAGACGCCCUGAAGGCUGUGGACACCGUCUUCAAGUACAUGACCCAGUGGAUUCAGGAGCGGGAGCUGCAGGACAAACUCAACGUCAUCAUCUUCUCCGAUCACGGGAUGACCGACAUCUUCUGGAUGGACAAAGUGAUCGAGCUGAAUAAGCACAUCAGCCUGCGUGACCUGCAGCAAGUGAAGGACCGAGGGCCGGUUGUGAGCCUCUGGCCGGCCCCUGGCAAACACUCCGAGAUAUAUAACAAAUUGAGAACAGUGGAGCACAUGACUGUCUACGAGAAAGAAGCCAUACCAAGCAGGUUCUACUACAAGAAGGGGAAAUUCGUCUCUCCUUUGACCUUAGUGGCUGAUGAAGGAUGGUUCAUAACUGAGAGUCGAGAGCUGCUUCCGUUUUGGAUGAACAGCACCGGCAAGCGGGAGGGCUGGCAGCGUGGCUGGCACGGAUACGACAACGAGCUCAUGGACAUGAGGGGCAUCUUCCUGGCCUUUGGACCCGAUUUCAAAUCCGACUUCAGAGCCGCUCCGAUUCGAUCCGUGGAUGUCUACAACGUCAUGUGCUGUGUGGCGGGCAUCGCGCCACUGCCCAACAACGGGUCGUGGUCCCGGGUGAUGUGCAUGCUGAAGGGCCCGGCCGGCUCUGCCCCGUCGGCGCCGCCCGGCGCUUUGGCUCUGGCCUUGGCUCUCUUCUUGCUGUUUCAAUAGCGGCCCCUUUGGGUCCCAAACACUCAGCCAAGCGGGCCUCCACGGUGGAAAAGUUUGAUUUCCUAUUUGAAUAAUAGCUUCAUUAACAUAACACAAUCAAGGCCACACAAAUUGUAAACAUAUUAUUCUUGGAUGAUUCUAUACAUAGAAGACCUUACUUCUUAAAAAAAAAUCCAAACUAUAUUUUUUUCUGAAGAUAAGGAAAAUCUUGCCUUCAUUUGUUCGCCUGUGUGCCAUUUCCUCCUUUCUUCUCAUGUAGUAACUCAGAUGAACCGUCUGAGCAGGCACCUGGGCUCUCCACUCCCCGCUCCUGCGGGUCUAGGAUUCCCAGCGGUGCUAUCAGACAAGCUCGUUGUUUAAGACACACGGCUAUUUUAUGAAUUUUCUGAGUGGUUUGCAUUUCUGUAAAUAUCAAGGGACCUCCAAAUGUGAUUGUGUGUUUACCCUUUUUAAGCAAUCUACGACAGACCAAAGUCAGCGCAUAAACUACCUGCGGGAAGGAAGGAGGGCGCAGCCUUGGCAGGCUGGUUCUAAACGGGAAACUCGGUUUCGGGUUCAUGUGAUAAAAAUACACUUCUAUGUUGCUUUGAAAUCAUAAAACAGCACCCAGCACAGUGCCUCAAAUGUUUAAUAAGUGUCCCAUAAACAUGUGUUGAAUGAAAAAAAAAGAAUAAAUGUCGUUAAAAAGACUUGCUUACACCUCAGAUAUUCUCUGUCUAAAGUUCCUCAAAUUAAAUAAAAUUUUCACUUUUGGCUUGCUACCUUUUCUUAUCA